AUGCUACUCAAACUAAAAUGUCCAACCCUAGAGGAGAGAAGAAAGAAUGCUAGACUAAACCUAGUAUAUAAGAUUUCAAAAGAGGAAAUAAAGGCUAUUUCUGACGACACACUAAUUCCACCAGACAGCUGUCAGUUGUACUUCCAAGUAGUUCAUAUUCGUUUAGGGGUAGGUCUAUGCAUUUUAGGUGGAACCACACACUGGAAGCAUCCGAACUGUGCUGAUGGGAGGCACACAAUUGUACAUCUGUUUGAAUGGAAAUGGUCGGAUAUUGCAGCAGAAUGUGAGAACUUUUUGGGACCGUACGGGUAUUGUGGAGUUCAGAUUUCGCCGCCAAAUGAAAAUCGUGUUGUGACAUUACAAAAUCGACCAUGGUGGGAAAGAUAUCAACCUGUCAGUUACAAAUUAGUCACCAGGAGUGGUAACGAGGUUCAGUUCACUGAUAUGGUACAAAGAUGUAAUGACGUUAAUGUCAGAAUUUACGUCGACGCUGUAAUAAACCACAUGUCUACAGCAUAUGCAGAGGAAACAGGAACAGGCACUUUCAAAUGGGACGGAGUCAUUAGUUAUCCAGGAUUGUAUUCAUCUAGUGAUUUCAACGGAAGAGGCGAAUGUAAAACAAAACAUUUAAACAUCGAAGACUAUGGAAACAAACACGAAGUUAGGAACUGUCGUCUAGAGGGACUUGCAGACUUGAAUCAAGGACGUGACAAUGUAAGGAACAACAUAACAAAAUAUAUGAAUCGUCUCAUAUCAAAAGGAGUCGCUGGUUUCAGGAUCGACGCUGCUAAACAUAUGUGGCCUGAUCAUCUUCAUGCUAUUUAUGAAAAUCUUGAAGAUUUGAACCAAGAUUAUUUCCCUGGAUCACCAAGAAGACCAUUCAUUUUCCAAGAGGUAAUUGAUAAUGGCAAAAAAGAGGAAGCUAUCAGCGCAUUCGAAUAUACAGGCUUUGCUCGUGUAACAAACUUCAUCUUUGGAACUAAACUGGCUGAAGUAUUCCUAAGAAAAAAUCAGGCGAAAUGGUUGGAGAACUGGGGAACUGAAUGGAAUAUGCCAAAUUCCGACGAUGUUGUAGUAUUUAUCGAUAACCAUGACAACCAAAGAGGUCAUGGUGGAGGAGGAGGUGUCUUGUCACAUAGAGAUCCUAAAAGGUAUAAAAUGGCAACUGCCUUCAUGUUAGCACAUCCUUAUGGUUUUACAAGAGUGAUGAGCAGUUUCAAUUUUUACAGUACUGAUAUGCACGAGGGUAGAAAUGUACCAAAAAACUCUGACCAAGGACCUCCUCAUAAUCCCGAUAUGUCUAUAAAGGAUGUACAAUGGGGCAAUGACUUCAGCUGUGGUAGUGGUUGGAUAUGUGAACAUAGAUGGCGACAAAUCUAUGGUAUGGUGGACUUUCGGAAUGUUGUCCAUGGAACUAAUAUACAUAAUUGGUGGAGUAAUGGUAAUUAUCAAAUAGCAUUUUCCCGCGGAGAUAAAGGAUUCAUUGUGAUAAAUGCGGAUGUUCCGGACUUAAAUUUGGAGUUGCCAACUGGACUUCCAGAAGGGACUUACUGUGAUGUUAUAUCCGGAGAGAAAGAUGGUGAAACUUGCACUGGUACAAAAGUUAUUGUCAAUAAUGCAGGACGCGCACAUUUCCAUAUCAGGAGUAGGUCAGAUGAUCCAAUGAUGGCAAUACAUAUUGGUGCACAAUUGGAGAACAGAGGAGAGUAA